AUGCCUUUGUUUGGAUUACAUAUCUAUUGGAUGGUGAACGGUCAACACAAAGUAUUCGCAACAGAGAUCUACAGAGUGUUACCACAGUACAAGAGAAGAUUCUCUUUGAAAACUGCAUUCUACAUAGUUUCAUUCUUUAUUUAUUUAUAUUGUUUAAUUCUUCAUUUAGUUGCAGCAUUUGGUGAACCAGGUCAAAAAAGAAUCGAUAGAUCAUUCUUUGUAUAG